AUGGAGAAACUCAAGAAAUUCUAUACUCCAGACUACAUGUCACGGCCGGGGAUGUCAUUUGCUAUUCACAUUGAAGAUCCGGUUCAGAGAAUAGAGGAAUUCAUGAACAGAUACAAACGGGAACCUGUCGCAGAAGGAUUUGAAGAGUCUAUGAUGACGAGAGAUCUCAGCGUCGUCAGUGCCACGGGACCACCGAAUGUCGCGGCUGUCUUCGAGAUGGAAAUUACUCCCAUGUACGGAACCCGAAUGGGUAAUGCUUCAGGGGCCGCUAUCACACUCAUCCACGAUAUGUGCACGACGAUGGCGAUGGCGCCUCUAGCAAGAAAAGACUUCUGGCACUUUGGCGGAGUGUCUCGAGUCCUCAGUGUCACGUACUUGAGGCCCACAAAGGUGGGCACCAGGGUCUUGAUUGAAUGUGAAGUGUUGCAGGUGGGAUUACGAUUUGCGACGAUACGAGGGUCCAUGAAGGACAAAGCCACGGGUGAUCUACUCUCAGUCUGUGAGCACAACAAGGCUAGCAUCAUCUUCCGCGAAAAAGCUCAGAUUUGA